AUGGCUCGGUAUAGUGACUUUGCUGACAGCGUUAAACACCAAAGGUACUUGGAGUUGGCCAUGGUCUUUGAUCAUGAUAGAUAUCUGUAUUUGAAUUCCAAUCUUAGUCAAGCAAUAGAUGAUGCCAUUCUUAUGGCUGGGGUGAUAGAUACUUACUAUCAAGAGAUCAGUCUGAGAAUACAUCUAAAAGGUGUUGAAGUAUGGACGACUACAAACAAAGUAAGACUUUCAUAUGAUAAAAUAGUUUCGGCUUUAACCCAGUUUAGGGCAUACAGAACACAUGCCCUAAAUUCUAAGAUCCCGGCAGACUGGGAACACAUAUACAUUCAAGGAAACUUUACCGAUCACAAUUCAUGGCACUGGGGGAAAGUGUGUGGUAAGCAGUUUGUCGGAUCUGGAAGUGUUAUUAUAGAUAGGGAUCUCCUUUUACCUGCCAUUUGGACUACUCAUGAAAUAGGCCAUAGUGUGGGAAUGGAGCAUGACACGCAGUACUGCCAAUGUAGGGGGCAGCACAGUUGCAUCAUGGGCACCGGACGCACUGGGUUUAGUAAUUGUAGCUACAACGAUUAUAUAAACUACGUACGUCAAAAAGCAACAUGUCUGACUGACAUCCCAGGACUAGGGUUUGUGGUUAAGAAAUGCGGAAACAAAAUUGUGGAAGACAAUGAGGAAUGUGACUGCGGUUCGAGAGAGGACUGUGAAAAAGACCAUUGUUGCGAACCAGAUUGUAAAUUCAAACAGGGUGCCACGUGUAGCACGGGACUUUGCUGCCACAAAUGUCACUUUCGUCCAUCUGGGUACAUGUGUCGGGAGGAAGAAAACGAAUGUGACCUUGCAGAGUACUGCAAUGGGACCUCGAGCUUCUGCCCAAAUGACAUGUAUAAGCACGAUGGCACCCCGUGCAAGUAUGACGCCCGUUGUUUCCAGAAGGGGUGCUGGUCCGCAUAUGUGCAGUGCCAGCGCAUUUUUGGAUCUGAUGCCAGGGAGGCUCCAGAUCAGUGCUACGAAGCAGUUAAUUUAAUAGGGGAUCAAUAUGGCAACUGUGGUAUCAUUGCAGUCGCUCAGUAUGAAAAGUGUACCAAGCAGAAUUCCUUAUGUGGCCGACUGCAGUGUAUAAAUGUCCCAACCCUCCCUGACAUGCCAGAUCACAUGAGUGUGGUUUCUACUCAUCUGCAGAAUGAAAAUCUGUUGUGCUGGGGCCUAGGCUACCAUCCGGCCAUGGUAUCCAUGGGGAUUCCUGACUUGGGUGUAAUCCAUGAUGGCACCUCCUGUGGCAAGGGCCAGAUGUGCUGGAACAGAACUUGUGUGGAUACUUCCAUCCUGAAGAUUGAC